GCUGCGUGGGGCCGUUUUCCCUCCUCGUUGACAAAGCUGUGCGGUGGGUGUUGAGCUAAAGCGCUUCCAUCGCUGAACUUUCUGACUCUGUAGCUUGGUCAGUGUGGACGGAAGGCAAACAGAGAGGCGGGUGUCACAUUGGUGUUAAAGAGACUUAUGCUGUCCUGCUAGCAGGGCAAGAUGUUCAACAAAUCAUUUGGGACUCCCUUCGGUGGCGGGACGGGAGGAUUUGGCGCCUCGUCCACCUUCGGUCAGCAAAACACGGGCUUUGGGGCGACGGGAGGCUUCGGCACGUCUGCGUUCGGGGCGACGACAAACACUGGAGGGCUGUUUGGAUCCACGCAGAAUAAACCAGGUGGGCUCUUUGGGUCCAGCACGUUCAGCCAGCCAGCGACUUCCUCCACCAGCACCGGCUUUGGUUUCGGCGCAGCGAGCGGCACCUCCACCAGCCUGUUUGGCAACACUGGCACAGGCACCACCGGCGGACUCUUCUCCCAGCAGAACAAUGCUUUCGGCGCCAAGCAAGCCACCUCGUUUGGAAGCUUUGGGACGAGCACCAGCAGCAGCGGCGGUCUCUUCGGCUCCACCAACACCACCUCCAACCCGUUCGGCGGGGCUACGUCCCUGUUUGGAGGUUCGGGGUUCUCUGCCACUCAGCAGCCGGGAACGACCGUAAAGUUCAACCCUCCGACAGGAAGUGACACAAUGGUGAAGGCGGGCGUGACGACGAGCAUCAAUACGAAGCACCAGUGCAUCACGGCCAUGAAGGAGUACGAGAACAAGUCUCUGGAGGAGUUGAGGCUGGAGGACUACCAGGCGGGCAGGAAAGGCCCGACCAAUCCGAUGGCGCCGGGAACCGGCAGUCUUUUCGGCCAGGCCACGGCCACGUCCAGCGCCACCACCGGCCUCUUCGGAUCCUCGGCUCCCAACACCAGCUUCUCCUUCGGCCAGAACAAGAGCACCUUCGGAGGGCCAACUACCGGCAGUUUUGGCGCGACCACAGGCGGCCUGUUCAGUCAGCAGACCCAGCAGCAGGCCGGCAGCCUCUUCAAGCCCUUUGGUCAGACCACCACCACCCAGAGCACCGGCUUCUCCUUCGGAAACACCAACACAAUAGGACAGGCCAACACCAGCAGCAUGGGUUUGUUUGGGAACACAGCGGCGUCUCAGUCGGGCGGCUUGUUCGGCUCAGCUCAGACCAGCACCGCCACUGGUUUCGGGACAGCCACGGGCCUGUUCGGCCAAACCAACACUGGAUUUGGGAAUGUCGGCACUCAGCAGAGUUUAUUCGGUAAUAAGACGACUGGGUUCGGCACCACCACCACCAGUGCCCCGUCCUUUGGCACCACCACCGGCCUUUUUGGGAACAAGCCCACCCUCACACUGGGAACCGGAACCAACACCUCCACCUUCGGUUUCGGUGCAAACCCUGCUGGAGGAGGACUGUUUGGGAACAAGUCCACCACCGGAGCGCUGGGGACCGGACUGGGAACCAGCUUCGGUACAGCAGUCGGCCCCGGGCAGACCCUGUUUGGCAACACCCAGAACAAACUGGGCACCGCGCUGGGAACGAUGGGAACGUUCGGAACAACUGGAUUCAACAGUGGAACGAGCACCCUGGGAUUCGGAGCGACGCAGCCCGUCGCCCUCACAGAUCCCAACGCAGCGGCUGCCCAGCAGGCCAUGCUCCAGCAGCAGCUCAGCGUGCUGGCGUACUCGCCAUACGGAGACUCGCCGCUCUUCAGAAACCCGCUCUCAGACCCCAAGAAGAAGGAGGAGCGCCUGAAACCGACCAAUCCGACGGCUCAGAAGGCUCUGACCACACCCACUCACUACAAGCUGACUCCGCGUCCUGCGACCAGGGUGCGGCCCAAAGCGCUGACGUCUUCCGGAGCCUCCAAGUCGCAGCUUUUCGACGGCCUGGAUGACGACGAGCCGUCGCUCACCAACGGAGCCUUCGUGCCGAGGAAGAGCAUCAAGAAGCUCGUCCUGAAGAACCUGAACAACAGUCAGUACAGCAGUCCUCUGAACAAGGAGAGCGACGACCUCGCCUCGCCGUCAGAGUACCCACAGAACGGACACAGCCACGUGGAGGAGGAAGAGGAGCAGCUGAGGAGGGUGGCGGGCCCCGGCAGGCGGGCUGACGACGACCCGGAGGUUACCCAGUUCUACGUCAACCCCAUCGCCAAGCCAAUCCCGCAGGGCCGCGCCCACGCCAGCCUGCAGGACACCAUCAGUGACCUGAACAUGCACAAAGGCUCGAGGAACGGCCUCGAGCUGAGCAACGAUGACGUGUCUGCGUCCUUCGGCGAGGAGUCUCUGCAGGAGGAGCGAGAGGAGGAGCAGCAGCUGUCCCAGCAGUCUCCGCACCCUGCAGGCAUCGUUCUGAACCGCGUGGGUUAUUACACCAUCCCUUCCAUGGACGAGCUCGCCGACAUGGUGGACGAAAACGGGGAGUGCAUCGUGGAGAACUUCACCAUCGGCAGGAAAGGUUACGGUUCCAUCUUCUUUCCCGGCGAGGUGAACGUGUCGGGACUGAACCUCGAUGAAAUCGUCCACUUCAGACGCAAAGAGGUCAUCGUGUACCCGGACGACAAGAGCAAGCCGCCGGAGGAGGAGGGGCUUAACAGGCGAGCGGAGGUGACUCUAGACGGCGUUUGGCCGAACGACAAGACGACCUGCACCCAGAUCAGGAGCCCCGAGCGUCUGAGCGACAUGAACUACGAGGGCCGGCUGGAGAAGGCGUCGCGCAAGCAGGGAGCUCGCUUCCUGGAGUAUCGACCUGAGACCGGGUCCUGGGUGUUCGAGGUGUCUCACUUCUCCAAGUACGGCCUGCAGGACUCGGACGAAGACGAGGACGUCCCGCCGAAAGCCGACGCCAAGAAGCUGAAGACGCUGACGACUCUCCCUCCCUCCCGGCUGCAGCAGCAACAGCUUCCCCCCUCUCAGCAGCAGGUGGCGCCACAGGCUCAGUCCACUGCCGUCAUGGAGCUCCAGGGCGGCGCCAUCGAGCUCGACAGCGACAUGGCCGACAUCACCCAGAGCUUCCCGACAGAGAGCAUGCUGGGAGGAGAGGAAGACGGCGACCUGCUGGCGGGGGAGACGGACAUGACGAUCUCCAAGCUCGGUGGUCUGGCCUCCUCAGAGCUCGACGGCGUAUCUGCAUCCGGCCACAUAGCCUCUACACUGGGGAUCAACCCACACACGCUCCAGAUCAUGAAGGCGUCUCUGUUUGCUGAGGACGACGAUGACACCGACAUGUUCCACGAUCACGCGGCGAUGAAGGUUUCCACGGAUGUCUCGUCUCCUCGCCUCGUCCUGCCGGCCGCUCAGGGCCGACCCUCUGUCGGCGGUCUCCUUCAGGCUCGAUUCACCUCGGGCCUCUCUCAGCUGUCAGACUCUCCCCGCAAUCUCCUUCCUCCGUCGCGGCCGUCUCCGGCCAGCGUUGAAGCCCCCCGCUCUCUGCAGUGGGCGGGGCCCUUCAUGCUGCCCUCCCGGACUCCGGAGCCUUCAAUUAGGACUGUUGGCGUUCGGCGGCUCGGCGGCCCCGUCCCCCUCAAAGAGUCGAUCGCUCACGGGAAGGGAGGUUUGCUCAUGGACACCGGGCUGUUUGCCGUGCGCUCCUUCCGGGUCGGGUGGGGUCCCGGCUGGACGCUCGCUCACUGCGGCAGCCGGCUGAGCUCGCCAACGUCCAAACAGUUUGAGCACCAAGAACUGAUGGCAAAGACUGACUUCAGCUUCCUGCCGAAACCUGCCAGGAGCAAACCACUCACAGAAAGCCCCUACAAGGUGGUGGUGGAGCAGGUGGUGGGUCUGGAGCCUCUCAGAGGGAAAACCAUUGAAGAAGAGGAAGAUGAAGAGAGCCAGGCGGUGCUGCAGCGGCCCCUGGAGAUCUGCCUGAAGCACAGCAUUGUGGAGGUCCCCGACAGCUCCGCCUGCCCUGUGGUGCGACCACAGGCCGGCGUGGCGGCGCUGCACGAGUACGCCGAGUGGAUCGUCGAGCUGAACGACAGACGGGGCGACACUGAGCCGCUGCUGGGCUACUGGGCCGAGGUCUGGACUCUGUGUGAGGCGCUAUGGGGCCGGCUGGGCCCCUCGGAUCAGGAGCCCGAGGCGCCCGGCGAGUACGAACAGCAGCUGGAGAGGAGGCGGAGCUUCUCGGCCUGGCUGUCCCGCGGUGCCUCCCGCAGGGUGGAGGAGGAGGUGGCUUUGGCUGGGAAAGGUGGCCACGUCGACGCAGUUUUCAGCUACCUGACGGGAAACCGCAUCAGCGAGGCGUGCCGACUCGCCCAGAAGGAAGGAGACCACCGUCUGUCCCUGCUGCUGUCUCAGGCCGUGGGCUCUCAGUACUGCAGGGACCUUCUCGCCCUUCAGCUCGCCGAUUGGCACCGCAUGCAGACCGACUGCUACCUGCCCGAGGAGCGACUCCGUAUCUUCGCUCUGCUCGCCGGGAAACCGGUGUGGGAGUCCACCGACUCUGCGGUGAACGUGUGCGCCGAGCUGGACUGGAAGCGCUGCGUGGCCAUCCACCUCUGGUUCAUGCUGCCCCCGACUGCCUCUGUGGCCGACGCCCUCGCCAGAUACGAAGCCGCCUUUCAGGGCUCGUGUGAGGCGGGGAAGUACGCCUGUGCCCCCCUGCCACCAUACCUGGAGGCGGAACAGCCAGAUCUGGAGGAGGAGGAGUCCAAACGGCCGCUGUACGACCUCUGCUUCCACCUGCUCAAACUCUACAGCGACAGACACUACGGCCUGCAGCAGCUGCUGGAGCCUCUCGCCGUCACCUGGGAGCGGCUGGAUUACCGCCUGAGCUGGCACCUGUGGGGCGUCCUGCAGGCACUGCACUACACCCACCUGAGCGCCCCACGGCAGGGCCUCCUCCACGCCAGCUACGCCGCGCAGCUGGAGAGCGCCGGCCUGUGGCACAUGGCCGUUUUCAUCCUGCUGCACAUCCCCGAGCACACUCAGAGGGAGCGAGCUGUGAGGGAGAUGCUGGCGCUGCACUGCCCCCUGCAGGAGACGGAGGACUCGGUCCGCAGGGAGCGCUUCCUGACAGAGCAGCUGCUGAUCCCGGAGCAGUGGAUCCACGAGGCCAAGGCCACCCGAGCCCACCGCGACGGCGACAGACACCAGCAGGCCCUGCACCUGUACCGGGCCCGAUACUGGAACCAGUGCCACCGCCUGCUGAUCCAGCACCUGGCCUCAGACUGCAUCAUCAACGAUAACCACGACUACCUCCUGGAGUUCCUGGAGGGUCUGGCGCUCCCUGAGCACUGCGCCACCAUCCAGGACUGGGACACAGCAGGGAGGGUUUACCUCGACUACAUCAGAGUCAUAAAGACUCUGCAGGACAUCCAGCAGAUGGAAAACGCCGGCUACGAGCUGGAGCGUCUCUACACUGAUGUGACGUCUCUCUGCAGCAGGAUCGAGCUCCUGCCCUGCUGCACCGCUAAAGACCGCCUCGCCCAAUCAGAAAUGGCGAAGCGUGUGGCGAACAUCCUGCGUGCGGUGCUGAGCCUGCAGCAGGGCGAUACGGCUGACUCCCUCAGCAUCCCGCUCGCCCAGCUGGCGCCGCACAUCAGCCGCCUGCCGAUGCCUGAGGACUACACGCUGGAGGAGCUGCGAGGCCUCACGCAGUCAUACCUGCGACAGCUCAUCGUCAGCCAAUGAGAGCGCAGAGCGGGACGAGAAGCUUCGGCUGCUCAAACAUCUCGAAACUGACGCCAUAAAGAUGAGGCGAGCAGUGUGUGACCUUUAACCCCACGUCUGUCAGUCUUUCAGCUUGUGCUCAGAUUUAAAACCAAACAGGAAGUGACAUCAGGGAAGCAGUCAGAGAAAAAAGGUUCAAAUACUUCCUGAGUGAUCAUCAGAAUUUAUUCUUCCUCACUUUAUUUUCAAUCAAAUAAAACGACCUCGAGCUCAAACGUGCUGCAGGUUUGAAUCCCUCCACCUGAGCCCGCUCCACCGCGCUGACGUUCCUCUGCAGGAACCUCAGGCUGGAGAUGAUUUUUCCCAUUAAACCACCUUCAGUUUAAUCGUUCAGUCUUUGUUUUUCAUGCUUUCACUAGUUUCUCCUGAAACAUCAGGAUCAUUUGAUCAGACUCAGUCAAACCUGCUGACUUAAAGCAGACGAGUAAAUAUUAAUAAACAGGAAACUGGGGGAAGAAACGGGAGCAGUUUGGAGUAAACGAAGCUCAAUCUUUAACUUCCAGAAACGCUCCCCGCUGACAGUCUCCUCCUCUUUGUGUUGGACUCGACUCAUUUGACCUCUGACCUUCAGAGAGCGGGUCGACGUGGUGUUUCCCCCCUCGGUGGGUUUAGAAGCGUCUGUCUGUGUGUGAUCACAGAGCAGGCGGCGGUGGAUGUGUAAAAUGUUGACGCUCUAUUUUUGUAGGUGUGUUUCUGUGUGGAUGUAAGUCAGAUCGUUAGUGUCGCAGUUUUAAAGUAAAGAGUUUGCUUCCAAAGCGAGCCGCCGGCCCGAGAUUUCACUGUUAUUAUAUAAAUAUUGUAUAUUUUUGGAAAUCAAACGCGAAUAUCAGGUCGUUUUUAUCCCUCGAUUAUUAUCAGAUUGGAUGCAAAGUCUUUGGAAGUGAAACUCUCUGCUUACUCAUUUAUUUUUUUCUGUUGUAGAUGAACGCCAACGAUGUUUUGGGGUUUUUGUUUUUCAAAGUGAGAUCGGUUGGACUGUUUGUCUGAAACUGUCAUUCACACAGCGAUGCUGCAGUGUGUGUGUGUGUGUGUGUGUGCUUGUUUUCCUCAUA